AUUCGGAGGCGGCGGCGAAAGCAGCAACAUGAAGAAGGAGCAAGUGCUCCACUGUCAGUUCUCUGCUUGGUACCCGCUGUUCAGGAGCCUCACCAUCAAGAGUGUCAUUCUUCCACUGCCUCAGAAUGUGAAGGAUUAUUUACUUGAUGAUGGAACUCUGGUGGUCUCAGGAAGGGAUGAUCCACCAACACAUUCUCAACCAGACAGUGACAAUGAGGGAGAAGAAAUACAGUGGUCAGAUGAUGAGAACACAACAACACUUACGGCACCAGAGUUUCCUGAGUUUGACAUUAAAGUUCAAGAAGCCAUUAAUUCCCUAGGGGGUAGUGUAUUUCCAAAACUUAACUGGAGUGCACCAAGGGAUGCCUACUGGAUAGCCAUGAAUAGUUCUCUGAAGUGUAAAACCCUCAGUGACAUCUUUCUACUUUUCAAGAGUUCUGAUUUUAUUACUCAUGACUUUACUCAACCGUUUAUUCACUGUACUGAUGAUUCCCCAGACCCUUGUAUGGAAUAUGAGCUUGUUCUUCGAAAAUGGUGUGAAUUAAUUCCUGGGGCAGAAUUUAGGUGUUUUGUCAAGGAAAAUAAGCUUAUUGGUAUAUCCCAGAGGGACUAUACACAAUACUAUGAUCACAUUUCUAAACAAAAUGAAGAAAUCUGUAGAUCCAUACAGGAUUUUUUCAAGAAACACAUACAAUAUAAAUUUUUAGAUGAAGACUUUGUAUUUGAUGUAUACCGAGAUAGUAUGGGCAAAGUGUGGCUAAUUGAUUUUAAUCCAUUUGGUGAAGUAACAGACUCACUACUGUUCACAUGGGAGGAAUUAAUAUCUGGAAAAAACUUAAAAGGUGAACAAAAUGAAGGAGAGGCUCUGGAACAGGAUUCUCCAGCCUUUCGUUGCACAAACAGUGAAGUUACAGUACAACCGAGUCCCUAUCUGAGUUACCGGCUACCUAAAGAUUUUGUAGACCUCUCCACUGGUGAAGAUGCUCAUAAACUAAUAGAUUUUCUAAAACUGGUAAAAAAAGAAAUCAACAAGAAGACGACUGAGAAGAACCAUAAAGUUGAAGAUUUAAGUAGAGGAAAUCAUUGAGGCUACUUCCCAAGGCUGCUUAUAGGCCAUAACUUCUUACCAAUCUAAAGGAAAAAAAAAUUGCUUUUUGUAUUCAUGUAUAUUCAUUUAGAAAAAAAUGGAGAGACUUUGUUACCAUAUCAAAAUAGCAUAAUAAAUAGAGAACUUCAACAUAGAAAAA